CUGCUGACGUCACGCGGCGGCGUGCGGGCCCCGCCCCUGCCGGCGUCACGGCGCACGCCGCGAGGAUGCCAUAGGAGGCGGUGCAGGUGCGCGAGGUCUGCGUCGCGUCGUGGUCCACGCAGGAGCCAUGAGCGGCCCGGGAAACCUGAUGGACUUCUUGGACGAGCCGUUCCCCGACGUGGGGACCUACGAGGACUUCCACACCAUCGACUGGCUGCGGGAGAAGUCGCGGGACACCGACCGGCACAGGAAGAUCACCAGCAGGAGCAGGGAGUCCGUGUGGGAGUUCGUCAAGAGCUUGCUGGACGCCUGGUCGGGGUGGGCGGUGAUGCUGCUCAUCGGGCUGCUGGCAGGCACCCUGGCCGGGGUCAUCGACCUGGCCGUGGACUGGAUGACCGACCUGAAGGAGGGCGUGUGCCUGUCCGCCUUCUGGUACAGCCACGAGCAGUGCUGCUGGACGUCCAACGAGACCACGUUCGAGGACCGCGACAGGUGCCCGCAGUGGCAGACGUGGUCGGAGCUGCUGGUGAACCGGUCGGAGGGGGCCAGCGCCUACGUCCUCAACUACCUGAUGUACAUCCUGUGGGCGCUGCUCUUUGCCUUCCUGGCCGUGUCCCUGGUGCGCGUCUUCGCGCCCUACGCCUGCGGCUCCGGGAUCCCGGAGAUCAAGACCAUCCUGAGCGGCUUCAUCAUCCGGGGCUACCUGGGCAAGUGGACGCUGCUCAUCAAGACGGUCACCCUGGUGCUGGUGGUGUCGUCCGGGCUCAGCCUGGGCAAGGAGGGGCCGCUGGUGCACGUGGCCUGCUGCUGCGGGAACCUCUUCAGCGGCCUCUUCUCCAAGUACAGCCGCAACGAGGGCAAGAGGCGGGAGGUGCUGUCGGCCGCCGCCGCCGCGGGCGUCUCCGUGGCCUUCGGGGCCCCGAUCGGGGGUGUGCUGUUCAGCCUGGAGGAGGUCAGCUACUACUUCCCCCUGAAGACGCUGUGGAGGUCCUUCUUCGCGGCCCUGGUGGCGGCCUUCACGCUGCGGUCCAUCAACCCCUUCGGCAACAGCCGGCUGGUGCUGUUCUACGUGGAGUACCACACGCCCUGGUACAUGGCCGAGCUGCUCCCCUUCAUCCUGCUGGGCGUCUUCGGGGGCCUGUGGGGGGCGCUGUUCAUCCGCGGCAACAUCGCCUGGUGCCGGAGGCGCAAGACCACCCGGCUGGGCCGGUACCCGGUGCUGGAGGUGCUGGCGGUCACGGCCGUCACGGCCGUCGCCGCCUACCCGAACCCCUACACGCGGCGCAGCACCAGCGAGCUCAUCUCCGAGCUGUUCAAUGACUGCGGCGCCCUGGCGUCCUCCCAGCUCUGCGACUACGUCAGCGACCCCAACAUGACCCGGCCGCUGGACGACAUCCCCGACCGGCCGGCCGGGCGCGGGGUCUACACCGCCAUGUGGCAGCUGGCCCUGGCGCUGGUCUUCAAGGUCGUCAUCACCGUCUUCACCUUCGGCAUGAAGAUCCCCUCGGGCCUCUUCAUCCCCAGCAUGGCCGUGGGCGCCAUGGCGGGCAGGAUGGUGGGCGUGGGCGUGGAGCAGCUGGCCUACCAUCACCACGACUGGAUCGUCUUCAGGAACUGGUGCCGGCCCGGCGCCGACUGCGUCACGCCCGGACUCUACGCCAUGGUGGGCGCCGCGGCGUGCCUAGGCGGCGUGACCAGGAUGACCGUGUCCCUGGUGGUCAUCAUGUUCGAGCUGACCGGCGGCCUGGAGUACAUCGUGCCCCUGAUGGCGGCGGCCGUGACCAGCAAGUGGGUGGCCGACGCCUUCGGGAAGGAGGGCAUCUACGAGGCGCACAUCCACCUGAACGGGUACCCGUUCCUGGACGUCAAGGACGAGUUCACGCACCGCACGCUGGCCACGGACGUCAUGCGGCCCCGGCGCGGGGAGCCGCCGCUGUCGGUGCUCACCCAGGACGGCAUGACCGUGGAGGACGUGGAGGCGCUCAUCAAGGACACCGACUACAACGGCUUCCCGGUGGUGGUGUCCCGGGACUCCGAGCGCCUCAUCGGCUUCGCCCAGAGGAGGGAGCUCAUCCUGGCCAUCAAGAAUGCCCGGCAGCGGCAGGACGGCGUGGUGAGCAGCUCCGUCACGUACUUCACGGAGGAGCCCCCGGAGCUGCCGGCCAACAGCCCGCAGCCCCUGAAGCUGCGGCGCAUCGUGAACCUCAGCCCCUUCACCGUCACGGACCACACGCCCAUGGAGACCGUGGUGGACAUCUUCCGCAAGCUGGGGCUGCGGCAGUGCCUGGUGACGCGCAGCGGGAGGCUCCUUGGCAUCAUCACCAAGAAGGACGUGCUGAGACACAUGGCCCAGAUGGCCAACCAGGACCCCGAAUCCAUCAUGUUUAACUAGCAGCCAGGGGGCCUCAGUGCUGUGGGGCUCGUGGGUGGGUGUCCAGGCUAUGGUUUGUGUGCAGACGUAGGACACAAAUGCCCAUCAGGAAACUUGACGCUGUCUCCUCCAGGCUGAUGUCUGUAACCUCGGAGCACAGGGAAGCUUCGAGCGCAAAGGCCAAAGAGGGGGUAUCGGCUGGUCGUCCGUGUCAUCCCUGCCGGGGCUUCAUUGGCUCGUUGCUGUUCCUUGUGUGUGGAACUGGCAGGAAGCUGGGGUCAGGAGCCAGAGGUGGGAAUUGAACUCGGAUACUCCAGUGUGGAUGAUGGUUGAUGACUCAGCGGUCAUGUGAUAAUGAUGAGUCGGCAGAAAUGUCCUGAGGACUGACCAGGUAUGUCAUAACGAUGACUCCUCAGGUACGUCAUAGUGAUGACUCGCCAGAAAUUUCACAGUGACUCACCAGGUACAUAACAGUGAUGACUCCGCAGGUAUGUGAUAAUGAUGUGUCAGCAGAAAUUAUUGAGGACUACCAUGUACAUCAAAACGAUGACUCAUCAGGUGUGUCAUAGUGAUGACUCAACAGAAAUUUCACAGUGACUUACCAGGUACAUAGUAGUGAUGACUCAGCAGGUAUGUGAUAAUGAUGAGUCAGCAGAAAUUUCCUGGGGACUGAUCAGGUACGUCAUAGUGUUGACUCAGCAGAAAUUUCACACUGACUCACUGCCUGGCCAAACACCACCCGCUUUGGUUUUCCAAUAGAAUGAAAUUCACAGUCUUGUUCCUAGCACCAAAGUAUUGAGUGACAAACCCUUCUGUCAGUGUUGUUAUUGGGGUUUCCAUGGAACAUUUGCAACUGAAACUGGAUUCUUCUGGACUUGAAUCCCUAAAAAAGUCAAAGACACUGCAUGGUAGUUCUCCUCUUCUCUGCGUGUGGCUCCCCUCGGAGCUGGCCUGUCAUGGGAAAACACGGUUCUGUCAUAGCCUGUCUCUUAUAUGUCAUCCCAGCACCCUGCUAGCCGAAACAAGGUUCUUCCGAAGGGAACACAAAGCAAUGGUGCCGCAGCCAAGGGUCACGGAAUCUGCGGACGACUUCCCAUUUAGUGCCGCUGAGGCCAUGGAGAAGGACGAGGGGACAGGUGGCCUUGGGCGGGGAUCACCCAGGGGAACUUGGGAGCUGUGCGUGUGUUCUGAAUGCUGGCUGUCAUGUCUACGGCCAUACCACCCUGAACGCGCCCGAUCUCGUCUGAAUGAUGGCUGUCAGACAGUUGUAGGGCUUUCUGGAUAUUUCCUAGUCAGUUUUUAACGUUAAAAAAAAAAAUCCUAUAAAUAGUGGAGGAGGCGUUCUUCCGUGAGGAACAUCACCGAUUUCUUUUUCUCUCUAUCCCUAAGGAAAUGGGUUGGCCCAAUAAAGGGCAUCUUGAAAAUGAAAAAAAAAAAAAGAA